AUGGCACCGCGACGCCUCCUCGGGGCAGCGCUUGCUGGCCUAGCCUCAAGCGCCUCUGCGCUGUACAUCAAUGGCUCCGUGACGGCGCCAUGCGAUUCGCCGCUGUACUGCCAUGGCGAAAUCCUCAAGGCGAUUCAGCUUGCUCAACCUUUCGUCGACUCCAAGACAUUCGUGGACAUGCCCACGAUCAAGCCGGUGGAAGAGGUGAUUGCAGCUUUCAACCGACUCAGCCAGCCGCUGAGCAAUAACUCGGAGCUCAAUGCCUUCCUGGCCGAAAACUUUGCACCAGCCGGCGGCGAGCUCGUGGAAGUGCCCAAAGAGGAGCUUCCAACCGACCCCCGCUUCCUAGACAAGCUCGAAGACACCGUCAUCAAGGAGUUUGUUGAGAAGGUGAUCGACAUCUGGCCAGACCUUACCAGGCGGUACGGCGGCCCCGGAAACUGCUCGGAGUGUGCCAACAGCUUCAUACCCGUGAACCGGACUUUCGUUGUGGCUGGUGGUCGCUUUCGCGAGCCUUACUACUGGGACUCGUACUGGAUCCUCGAGGGCCUGGUGCGCACCGGAGGUGCCUUCACCGAGAUCUCGAGGAAUAUUCUCGAGAACUUCCUUGACUUCAUUGAGACCAUCGGCUUCAUUCCGAACGGCGCGAGAAUCUACUACCUGAACAGGUCUCAGCCCCCGCUCCUGUCGCGGAUGAUAAAGACUUAUGUUGACUACACCAACGACACGAGCAUUAUCGAGAGAGCCGUGCCGCUCUUAAUCAAGGAGCACGAGUUUUUCAUGAACAACCGGAGUGUGACCGUCACAGCCCCCAGCGGAAAAGCAUACACUCUGAACGUAUACCACGUCAACAACAACCAACCGCGCCCAGAGGGGUACCGGCCGGAUUACAUCACGGUUAACAACGGGUCCUACUACGCCAAGUCGGGUAUCAUCUAUCCCGUAAGCAAGCCGCUCAACGAGACGGAGCAAGCUGAGCUCUACUCCAACUUGGCCACCGGCGCCGAGUCCGGUUGGGAUUACACGGCCCGAUGGCUCAAGAACCCCAUCGAUGCCGCCAAGGAUGUCUACUUCCCGCUGCGCUCCCUGAACGUGAUUGGCACGCUCCCCGUCGAUCUCAACGCGAUCCUGUACGAGAACGAAGUCAUCAUCAGCCAGUACCUCAAGCAGCAAGGCAACGACUCUGAAGCGGAGCGGUGGGCUUAUGCGGCCCGCGAGCGCAGCGAGGCCAUGUACGAGCUGAUGUGGAACGCGACCCAUUGGUCUUACUUCGACUACAACCUCACCAGCAAUUCGCAGCACAUCUUCGUCCCGCUCGACGCCGACGCUAACGACCUCGACCGCGCCAACGCCCCUGCCGACCAUCAAGUCAUUUUCCACAUCGCGCAGCUCUACCCCUUCUGGACCGGUGCCGCCCCGGCUCAUCUGAAGGAGAACCCCCUCGCCGUGCAAAAGGCCUAUGCCCGCGUGGCUCGCAUGCUCGACGAGAAGGGAGGCGCCAUCCCCACCACUAACUUCAGGACGGACGAGCAGUGGGACCAGCCCAACGUGUGGCCUCCGCACCAACACGUCCUCAUGGACGGCCUGCUCAACACCCCGGCCACCUUUGGCGAGUCCGACCCGGCGUACCAGGGCGUGAUGGACCUCGCCCUCCGCCUCGGACAGCGGUAUCUCGACUCCACCUUCUGCACGUGGUACGCCACGGGCGGCUCGACCAGCCAGACGCCGCAGCUGCAGGGCGUGUCGCCGGGCGCGACGGGCAUCAUGUUCGAGAAGUAUGCUGACAACGCGACCAACGUGGCCGGUAGCGGCGGCGAGUACGAGGUGGUUGAGGGUUUCGGAUGGACCAACGGCGUGCUGAUCUGGGCAGCGGAUGUGUUUGGGACGAAGCUAAAGAGGCCUGACUGUGGUAACAUCACGGCAGCGCACACUCACUCUAGCAAGAGGAGUGCGCCGGCAGAUGGUGUUGCCAGCUGGUCGCGGCCGCGGAGCGCGGUUGAGCUGGACCCGUGGGAUGCCAAGUGGACCAAGAUGUUUGGGAGGAGCGCGUUGAGGCACUCAAAGAGGGAGAAUGUGAGGAAGUCAUGA